CCGUGAAUUCGUUCGGGCGUGUGAAGUUUCCUAUGUUUGCCUUCCGAAGAAAAAAGAGUUGUUAAAAGUGUAGUUGUUGCAGCAUAAAAUUUCCAACGCAUACAGUGGCACUCCAGCAACAGAAUGCUGUCGUUACUUGAUCUUCAAGAGGCAUUUUUCGCGUAAUAUGUUUUCAAAGGAAUCGGGUUACUUUGGUUGUUUGCUGAAAAAAUGUUUUUUUGGUGUGUGAAAAAAAGCAACGGCUGUGCAUGAGCUGCGAUAAAAGAUAACGGUAGAAUUCAGUUUUCGGUGUGCCCUGUUCUCCGUAGGAACGGAACAGUUCUUUCCGGUUUAGUGGUUACCCGAGAUCAGCAAAAAAACAGUAGUGAAGGUGAUUUCAAUGAGUUUCGGUGUGAAAACAAAUAGAUUUCUACGAAUAUAUAGGUAUCUAUACUUUGUCUGACGGACCUCAGCGUUUGAGAGGCUGAUAUAAUAAGCAAGUGAAUUUGCCGGUGAGGAAUGAUGGUUUCUGCAAAUCAUUGCAAAUAAAUAGUUCGUUCCUGUGCCGAAUCGAUGCCGAAGAAGAAACCCAGAAAUCUAGUCGAGAUCAUUGAGCGAAAGUAAAUAACAACGGAUGGUACGAAACGCGACUAAGAAGUUUUCCUGGAGUUGAAGUGUGUGAGAAUCCGAACAUAACGGCCGAAUGUGAACAGAUUGUAGUUGUGCACGUGGAAACGGUAGGCUUGGAAAAAAAUUAAGAUCUUCGAAUUGCACCGCACGUCACAUACUAAGUGCUGCCAGGAAACGAGUGACGAUUGUUCGUGUUCACGCAACCAGACAACGGUGCAGUUUCAUAAAGUUAUAAUUGGACAGGUGACAAAGAUAUCGGCCCGGGAACCCCGUUUUGUCUUCGGCUAUUCUCCAAUGAGCGGGCAGUAAUAAUUUUGAAUAUUUCUGAAAACAAAGUGUGCACGUCGCGUUUCGUUCGUGUUUUUCUUUUCUUUCUAUUAUUGUUGUCAUUGGGGCGUGAGGUGGGUGUUAUUCGCCGUUUUUCUCGGUUAAUUCCUGCCUGCCUCGGAUGACGGACAGCGUCGGUUGAUGUUUUCCAAGUGCCAGCUGCCGGUGCUACGGUGAAGCACGGAAAGGUGAAAGAGUCCGAACAUGGAUGACGGAUCAUCGUUCGCCGCGCCGCCAUGUGGUGAACGCUGUUGGAUGUAAAUACGAAACAUAUUUCAGCAUUUUUCGUUUCAUGUUUGAGUGUUCGGAAACAAGGCCAGAUUUGUGUGCAUUCAAGUGAUUCAGUGUAGCCUUGACCGCGCGAGUGGUAUUGUUAUUUUUUUUUUGCUUUGUCCCGGUGGGAAGCUGGACCCGACAGAGAUAGUUCAAAAUUUUGAAAUUCAAAAAAACUCGUUACAAAAUGGCAGAAAAUGCCGCCAAAAGUGGUGCUAUCGGUCGAGGAGUUGAGCUCGGGCCCGAUGUCGGCGGCGGCGGUGGUGAUCCGCCGCGCCGGAACAUGAACGGCAAUCGAUCCUCCGGCCGGUUCGGUUCGGAUGCGAAGAAAAAUCACAAGAAGAGUGUAGACUCAACGCUGGCCGGGGAGGAGGAGGAGGCCAAGUUGCUUCAGCAAAUGCAACAGCAGAAGCAGCAGCAACAGCAGAAAAAGAUUCCACAAGUGGUGAAAGGUCUCGGUGUGACGGAUAUUCGGGGCGAUGGUGAGGGUGGUGAGUUGGAUGGUGCCCUGCCCGAUGGGGAGAAUGGCGAUUUGCGUGGACCAACUGGGGUCUCGGUAAUUGAUAUGACCGAUUCUGAAUCGCAGUCUUGUAAACCCAUUGGGGGUAAGAGAAAGAACUUUUUCAAAGCUGCCUACAACCGUCUGCUGACGACGUACGAAGUAUCCAGGAAGUCCGAACGACCCUUCGUCUCUCUAAUCGUGUUGACACUGCUGCUGCUGCUUGCCAUUAUUCUGCUGGUCAUAUUUUGGCCUCGGCUGCCCGAAUAUCUGACAAAAGAAGUUUGUCUGGAAGCAGAAUGUCUGGAGGCUAGCAAACAGAUACUCUCGUGGGCCAAGCCGGAGGCAAACACGUGCCGCUCACCGUACGAGUGGGCCUGCGGACGUUUCGAGGAGAAAUAUAACAGCCACAGUUUCUACGGGGUCAACAGGGGCGAGUGGAACUUCGAUGCGAGUCAGGACUACGAAGAUACAUCGGCCGCCUACGAAUUCAUCUCGAAACUACCAACGGUUGCCAUGUCCUUUUCCGCCCAGUCGAUGAUCAAAAAACUGCACUCAAGGUGCACCGAUGUGGAAACGGUUAGCACCACCGAAGCAAUGACGUCCCUGAAACGAGCACUGAUGCAUUUGGGUGGCUGGCGAAUGCUGCUCGGCAACAACAAUCCCCACUGGGACCUACGGGAGAAUUUGCAGAAGGUACAGCCCAAGUACGGGGCGACUCCAUUUUUCAAACUGGGAAUCGACAGUCGCAAUGCGCCACCCUACGAUUACAUCAUCACCGUGAGCGAAGGUGAACUGGGCCUUCCCAGCAAGGACUUCUAUACUCUGGAGGAACGACAUCCGAUCAUCCAAGCAUACCACACCUACCUGCGUGACAUUCUAGCCAUUCUGGUGGAAUCAUCUACCAUCAAAUCGAAAGACUACGCUAAGAUGAUCUUCAACUACGAACGUCGGAUCGCCCUGGAUGUGAUGAGCGUGCUUCGAGAACCGAGUGGAAAUGGAUCGAUACCGCAGAUUCGAACCAUGCAGCAACUGGCGGAUGAAGCUCCUUCGUUACCAAUCCUCCAGACGGCCCAGGCCAUGUUCAAAAAGAAAAUUACCGAAAACACUCAGGUUCUGGUAAACAGUCCGAUUGUGCUGAAAAUGAUCUCCCAAAUUAUCACCACCACCGACAAAGAAAUUCUGAACAACUUCGUGAUGUGGUCGGUCAUAAGGCAUUUUGUGCCGUAUUUGUCCCGUGACUUCCGUCUGUCGAUGCAACAGUUCGAGAAAGUCCUGUACGGGGUACAAUCGAAACAACCGAUCUGGUAUUUCUGUACCAAAGUGGUACAGCAGUGGAUGCCGUACGGAUUGGAGGUACUCCGCGAGAAUCCGGGCUUGAUAGUGCACGAUCGAAGCGAGCGGGAAUACGUGGAACAUCAACCGGUGGUGGAUCCGUACCGCAGUUCACAGCUCGUGAACGAUGAUCAAAUUCGUUACGACGACGAGCUGGUAAAGAUGAUAUUCUACCACAUCCGAGACGAGUACAAAUCGGCCAUCAUCAACGCGAACUGGGUAAACGAGAAACUAACGAAAUUCAUCACCGACAAGCUGUCGAUGAUGCGUGUUCAAAUUGGAAUUCCCGGCGAGCUACUGAAAAGCAAAAAGCUAAUCAAUGAAUUCUACAACGAGCUGGUACUGGAUGAAAUGAUGUUCGUCGAUAAUGCGAUCAGUCAGUGGGGCUUUGUGAAGUUAAUGAUGGAUCGAAUGCUUGAUAAUCGAACGGAAAAUGAAAGAAUCGCCUCGGAACUCUAUCCGCCAAUCUCCUUCGGAUCACGUUGGACACCGGUAGCUCACCUGAAGUAUUCUAUUGGGCUCAAUAUGAUUAUAAUUUCGCGGGAGAAGACCCGAGAACCGUACUUCCACUACAAAUAUCCCAUAUCACUAAACUUUGCCCGAUUGGGAGCGGACAUUUCCUUGGUUAUUCACGACACCAUCAACACGCUGACGGAGCAAUUCCGGAAUACCGAGACCAAUCAACCAAAGCACAUUUUGGACAACGUCUUCGACGACGAAGCCCAACAGUGUAUGACCAAAAUCCUACCACAUUCAUUCCACCCGACACGGAUCUCCAACGCGAGCAAGUUGCAUCUCUAUCUGGAACUAUCCGCCGGUAGCAUGUUACGACAAGCGUUCGGCACUCUGCUCGCGAAGAUCGAUCGUAACGAGCGAAUAUUCGAAAGUGAAAUAUCGGAAAAGACCACCUACGAUGUACUCGGUUUGAGACAGUGGCGUCGCCAGGCCGGUCUACGGCGGUACGACCAGCAGCAACUGUUCUCGCUAGCCUAUCUGCAGAAGCACUGUGCGGUGCCGGAUAGCGGAGCGAUACGACUAACCAAACUGCUGGUCAACAAUGACAUUCCCGAGACAGAGAAAUUCCAUCUACUGUGGAACCAGGUACCAUCGCUGGCAGCUACACUGGAUUGUAGCAGCAGUAGUAGUGGUAGUGGCCGACUUAGCCGCAGUAAUUCCGACGGUGGCAAUCAAAACAGCCACUGUAACCGUAUUCUUUGAUUAGUCCAACGUCCACCGGGUGGGGUUCCGUCGAACGACAAAGAUGAAUCGACUGCCCGGAUGCAGCGCACCAAGGGAAAACGCAAAAAGCCUAAACCCACCUACUCCUACUACGAUCCGGCCUUCACGUAUCCUUACUAUAUCGGUGGAACGGCAACCGCCGCCCAGUAUCCGCAGUUUCCGGUGCAUUCUCAUAGCACCGGAACCGCAUCCCAUGGAGGCGGAAGUGCGCGGAACACUGCCGAAGGAGGAGCCGGCGGUGAUGUCAUUUAUCCUAGGAUUGAUGUUAAUAGUAUAUUUUUCUAAGAAGUUUGAACGAGAUGCGAUUGGUAACAGAGAGAAAGACACGACGCUGACGUUGAGAUGCGCCGCUGAAAAAAAAUGAGAGGUAACUUUUUGUUUUAACGCAAUCUUUCUUUAUCGACGAUUUUCUUUCCCCAACCAUUAUUACGAUAUCAAACGCACAGAACAGAAAAGGAUGUGAAAGCGCCAUCCGAUUAGCGAACUUAAUUCAAACGCCAUUAACGGAGAAAAACAAAUCUAAGGAAGAUGUUUUUUUUUAAUUUCCUAUCGACCACCUGAUGUAGUUAGACGGUAAAUGCUUAUGUUUUCGAAUCGAAAAACAAAUCUACUUAUGAAAAGGACGACACAAAAGUUUCUGUGAACAAUCAUAGGUUUAAGAGUUAGGAUCCGAAAAGUGAUCCGACAUGUUUAGGAGAGUAACAAUCUGGAGGCCGACACUGUAUGUGAUUUUAGUUCACUACGAAUUGAAUUUUUAUCGUUAGAACUUGCGUGAUUAUUUAAAUAUCGAAUAGGAACGGUCAACGCGGGAGCAAACAAUUAUUAAUUAACAAAGAAAAACUGCUGAAGAAUGAAGGUAUUUAAGUUUGUGGAUAACUUGAGAUGUUUAAGAGGUUCCAUGUUGCCAACCGGUGAAGCAUGGAUUUGAUCGGAAUUAACGUUGACUAGUGAGAUGAAUCUAUAUAUUAAUAAACGAGCACUACAUGUCUGAUUCAAAGCUUCGAUCGCUAGUUUUUUUUUGUGCCCGGGAAUGAACCACAGAGAUUCGAGCAUGCGAUGAAUAAAAAUAAAUACUAUAACUUUUGUA